AUGGAGUCAGGGAAUAUUACAGGAGUUUCAGAGUUUCUUCUUCUGGGAUUUUCAGAGGAAACUGAAGUGCAGCUCCUCAUAUUUGGGCUUUUCCUCUCCAUGUACCUGAUCACUGUGCUUGGAAACCUACUCAUUAUCCUGGCUUUCACCUCUGACUCCCACCUCCACUCCCCCAUGUACUUCUUCCUGGCCAACCUGUCCUUCACAGACAUCUGUGUUACCUCCACCACCAUCCCCAAGAUGCUGGUGAAUAUAAAAACAGAGAGAAAAGUCAUAACCUUUGCAGGCUGCUUUACACAGAUGUACUUUUUCCAACUCUUUGCAGGAUUAGACAUUUUUCUCCUGACUGUGAUGGCUUAUGAUCGUUUUGUGGCUAUCUGUCACCCCCUGCACUACACAGUCAUCAUGAACCCCCAGCUCUGUGGACUGCUUGUUCUGAUGUCCUGGAUCCUAAGUAUCCUGCAUGCCUUGUUAGAAACCUUAAUGGUGUUGCGGCUGUCAUUCUGUACAGAGGUGGAAAUCCCCCACUUUUUCUGUGAACUCAAUCAGAUGAUCCAGCUUGCCUGCUCUGAUACCUUUCUCAAUAACGUGGUGAUGUAUUUUGCAGUUAUGUUCCUGGCUGGUGGUCCCUUCCUUGGGAUCCUCUACUCUUAUUCUAAGAUAGUUUCCUCCAUACUUGGGAUCUCUUCAGCUCAGGGCAAGUACAAAGCCUUUUCCACCUGUACAUCUCACCUGUCAGUUGUCUCCUUAUUUUAUUGUACGAGCCUAGGCGUGUACUUUAGCUCUACUGCUACCCAGAGCUCCCAUGCAAGUGCAGUGGCCUCAGUGAUGUAUACGGUGGUGACACCCAUGCUGAACCCCUUCAUCUACAGCCUGAGGAACAAAGACAUAAAGAAGGCUCUGAUGAGAUUCUCUGAGGUGGCAGCUCUAAAAGGGCCAGUUGUCCUGGGACUGAAGAAGUGUCCAUGA